AUGAAAUCGAGGUUGACAGUUAUCGAUCUUUUUUGUCAGUUUCCCGCGCAAAGCACAUGCCCGUUAGAAGCCUCGAUCAUCAUGGCGGACAAACUCGAAUCAUCCGAACUUAAAUCUGAGGCCAAAGAAACGGCAAAGGUUGACGAAAAUCUCAUCCAUUCUCUUCACCAGAACUUGAAAAUUUUCACGUUAGAUUGAAAGGAACCGCGCAGCUCACCUGCCUUUUGUUCGUUUGAUGCUAUUUUAGGAUGAAAAGUCAAACAAUGUGGAGACCGAGGAUUCGAAGCAAGUUUCAAAGAAUGGUGAAGACGAAGACAACGAGGAGUCAAGCGAAGAAGAGGAGCAUGCAGGUAGUUUUAUUUCGAUCAUGAAGCAUCAUACAAUUUUAAGCUGUCGUGUAAACGUGUUCUGUUACUCGCCAAUGACUUCUGUAGUCUAUAGUAAACACUGUUGAAUUCGCAGACAAUACACAAUCAUUUAAGUUACAUUUUUGCGAACAGACAGACAUUUGGAUCUUCCUUUUGUUUGUCAUCCGUAUACUUGCUAUGAUUGCUUUUUUGCAUGAUACUUAAGCAGUGUAUUAUUCUUAGCUGUAACUAUAGCAAAUACAUUACAACAGGGAGCUCACGUCAGAAAUAUAGUUUUCCGAGAGGCCCUGUAACAUGUCGUGGCUUGGAUCGCAGUGUUUAUCAACAGUAUCAUAGAUCGAUGUCUAAUUGGUUUAAAUCUGGGGGAUCAAAUAGUGCAUUGAUAGUAAUUGGUAUAAAUGGAAAGCAAAGUAUAUUUUUUUAUUCCCUUAAAUUACCUGUUUAAUGCAUGGCCAGUCUGAGCAUAAUUUUAUGUCUGCAUCAGAAAUUAGUUAACUCUUUAACUCCCAUAAGUGACCAAGAAAGAAUUUCUCCUUACAAUAUCAGUACAAUAUCAAGCAGACAAGUGACAAGAAUAAAGAAAAAUCUUAAUUAGGGGAUUAUUGGUUGACCCAAUACCAAAUUCUCCAAACUAACAUCACAAGAACUAUAUGGCAGACUGUAAGGAGAAUUAACAAUGAGAUCUUGGGAGUUAAAGGUUAAUGUUCUUCUCCAUAACUUGUGAAAUCCCAUGAGUGACCAAGACAGAAUUUUCCUUGACAACAUCAAUUUACAAUCAAGCACAUCUGUGAGGGGAAUAAUCAAAAUAUCAAUAAGGGGAUUAUAAGUUAAUAAUUAAAAAUACCAAAUUAUCUAAAUUAAUACUGUAAGAAUUGUAUGGCAGGCAGUUAAGAAAAUUAGUAAUCAGAUAUUAGGAGAUGAGCAGUUAAGUACUUUUCAGCAUUUAUCCUUUGAAUUAUUUAGAUACUGACACAUAUACUGCAAAUAAAAAUGUUGAAUUGAAGUAUUUAUAGCUGCACAUCAAACAAAUACUGAGCUCAGUGAUCUCUCUAGGACUUUAUGACAAGCCAGUCGUUAUUGAAGGGAAAAGAGCAAGGAAGUCGACAGACUUUCUGGUCAAUCAAACCACACCAACUAUAAUCAAAGAGAGCAAGCCUCUUAUCUUUGAGGUAAAGCUACUUAAAUUCAUUGAUACUCUUUUGAUUGUUAUAACUGCCUGUUAGAGGGUUUCUUAUCUAGAAUAGGUGUUACUUGUGCAAGUUGACUUAUUUGAGUUCAGAGGAACACUAUUUGUCUACUUCCAUGGGUGAUUAUCUUGCAUCUUUUGCCAAUAAUAUCAAUACAAUUUCUAGUAAAUAGAUGAUGAGUAGAAAAUACUACAUACAAUUAUCAGGGAGAUUUUGUGAUCUUUAUGUAACUUAACUUCUCUUGACCUAUUGAAAGUGAAGUUUGUAGCAGUUAAAAGAAAGAAUUACCUAUUAGUUUUGAGAAGUGAAACACAUUUGGACACCAUUUGCAUUUAUAUUUGCCCUGGGAGGAUAGUGAUUAAAUUGUUAAUGAGUAACAAGUUUUCAUGUUGUGGCUUCUCUUCUUAGGGUAAGGGAGAGUCCCUAGGAUCUAUUGAAAGAAGUAAGUAUACAUGCUUAAGAGGCUUGUGAUUAUUGCUGUUUUUAUUAAGAGAGAAUUGUUAAGCUUUCUAACCACUUGUCAAAUCUUUAAAGAAGACCUGUUAUGGUAAAAAACUCAUUAUGAGAAAGACUGCAUUUAAAUCCAUUGGUUGAUCAGCUUAAAGUAAUUUGCUUAAUAAGAAUUCUGGUUACGUAUUAAUGAUAUUACUUAAUGUUAAAGUGCAAUCUGAGGCAGACUUGAUGCUGUAGAACUUUGUGUUAACCAUGCUGGAAACAGCAUUUUUCAGAAUUACUUCUUGUUUUACUUCAGCAAACUAUGAACUUGGAAGAAGUUCUGCAGGAGAGCUGAAGCCUCUUCACAAGCUUCUAUAUGGAAGAGAAGGAAGGGUAUGCUUCAAUCCACUUGUUUUAAAUUUCUUUUCGUUAAUGGGAUGGUGUUGCUCUUCACAUUAAACUUUGAUUGAUAAAAAGUUACCAAACUAAAUUAAAACCUCGCUUAAUUGAGAUACUGAGAUUUUUUUGCUUUUGUUAUUAGGUAAUGGAAGUUAAAAAGAAUAUUAGGAAGUUUAAUGGAUUUCCAUUUGAAAAGGUAAGAUGAGCAAAUUACGGUCAAGUCACCGACGGUUCAACUCACCGACGGUUCAACUCGCCAACGCCAACUCGGCUUUGUUUGAAAUAAAAAUAAUUGUUUUUUACUAAAGAUCUUGUCUACAAAGCCAAGUCUUUUUUUGAAAUCUGACCGAUUGACUUGAUGAGUCUUUAUGGUAUUGUUGCCACACAAUAACUUGUUCGCAUCUAAAACUUUUUUGGUCAUUGGCGAUGUUCACCUUGCUUUAUUCCCUUUUAGAUCCUUAUAAACUUUGUUGGAAAUAAAAAUAAUUGUUUUUUAUUUUACUGAAUAUCUUGUCCAGAAAGCCAAGUUUCUUAAAAAAAAUCGGAGCGAUUGACAUGAUGAGUCUUUACAGUGUUGUGGUCACACAAUAAUAUCUCGUUCACGUCUGAAGCUUUCUUAGUCAUUGGCAAUAUUUACCUGGCUUUAUUCGCCAUGAGAUCCUUAUAAACUUUGUUGGAAGAAAAAAAUUGAUUUUUCCUAAAGAUCUUUUACUCUUCUAUAUGUUUAACUUCUGAUAAGUUCAAUACUGGAUUGAAGACCAACUCACCGAUGUUUCUACUUGAUUUUAUACGUCAGUGAGUUGGCGCUGGCGAGUUGACCCGUCGGCGACUUGACUGGAUACCAGAUGAGCUUUAUUUAGUAUUGUGACUUAAAUUCUCUGAAACAAAAAAAAUUGCUAGGCAAUGAGUGAUGAAGUGUUCUAAUUCUCCCUUGUCACAUGGAUAGGAUUCCAAAGAUUAUGAAGCUAAAAAGCUUGGUGUAGAGAGGUAAUUCUUGAUUCUCAAUAUUCUUCUUUUCAAUCUCUUCUGUAUGGUACCAAUCCAAUAAUCUUGUUGUUAUACCAUGCUAAACAUGAUUUACAAUAGUUGCAUUUCACAAUAUCAUUCAAUAAAUGACUUUAAAUAUAUAUCAAAAUCAUUAUGUGAAUUGUAGAUAAUAAAUGAAUAUGGGAAUAAUCUUUACAGUAAGAACACUAUGUACUUAAGCAUUAGGGAAAAUGAGACAUAAAUCUUUUCAGACCUCAUUUUCACUACUGUGUAAGUAGUGUCCAUUACUGUGAAGAUCACUUUCAUAUUCAGUUACUGUAUCUUUUUGUGUAUGCACAAGGGCUGUCAGUUACAAACUUUUAAGUGAUACUUUCAUGUUAUUUAUUUACCACAGAUUUACAAAUGAUGGUCUAAAAAGGCUUUGUGAAAUUUUUGACCUGGAAAAGAAGGGAAAGAGGGUAUGCUAAGAUAAAUUGCCAAUUAUAUGAGUCAAUAAUUAUUUUAUAGCAGGAGUCUCGCAGAAUCUCUGGUGUUUAUUGACUUGAGUUGUGAAUAUCUUUCAGAAUGAUCUUCUUGAAAAAGUCAUGGAUUUUCUUAUGUCGCCAAAAUCUUCAGGGAAAGUGAGUUUUUAUUUUAUAUUCUUUAUAUUCUGAAUUUUACAGUUUUGUCAUCUAGCCCAAGACACAUCAUUGUUACCCUGCAUAAUGUCACACAUGUAGAGAAAAGACUUCUGACUCAUAAACAUCUCCAGCAAAUGUUUUCUCAAGAACUGAAUGUUUAUCCAUCUUUUCCCCACAGCAACACAUGUAAUAUCUAGCUUGUUUUUAUUCAGGAAUGGUGUGAUGAUGUUAAUAUUACUCCAAUUUCUUCACAGCCUGCACCUCAGCCUAAACCAAAAAAGGAUGAACAGAAAAAGAGAAAAAGACCCAAAAAGGGUAAGCCACUGAAAAAAUUGACUAAAGGAAUAUCAGCAUGUAGUUUUUCUCAGUUAAAAACUGAUUAGAGAUUUACAUUUUAAUCAAUAAUAUGUGCAAGGUUAAUCAAAUAACCUUGUUUUUUUUUCAUUGUAGAGGGUAGCUCAAAGAGUAAAAAAGAGAAGGUUUGUUCUUGGAUUUUGUUCAAUCAUUACAUCUGGCAUGUUUUCAUGUUAUUACAGUAAGCCUGGCUAGGAAGUCUGGGUUGGUGUAGAUUUUAAGUCUUACACAGAUUUUUAACUUUUCUUUUCUAAACAGACAGCAAAUUUACAUUUUACUCCUCUACAUUAUGGAGAAUAUUAGACAUUUCAAGAAAUUUUUUCAGUAGCUUCCUUUGAUCCUAUUUUGAUUGUUGCAUAUCUAUCUAUGUAGAAUGUGUUUGUUAAGAAAUAUUUCUCCAUUAUUAAAUUAUUUUCUUUCCCAAUUUUAUUGGCUACACUGACUCUCUUUACAAUUUUAAAUUUAUUAGGCUUAUUUUGCUGGAUUCUGGAAUUUGUUUUAAAUCUCUUUCAGUCUAAGAAGACAUCAGAGAUGGUAGAGAGUGAAGAUGAUGAAGAAAAAGAGGAAGAGGAAGAGGAGGAGGAGGAGGAGGAGGAGGAACAGGAACAGGAGGAAGAAGUAAACGGAUACAACUUUCAUAUCACAUAAAUUUGGAAAAAUUUUAUUAACAUGAUAGAAAUGCCAUAGGUCCCACUUACUUGUUUCUAUGGUAUUUGCCUUUUGAAAUUGCAUGAAGGCUGUGUCCUGCUAAAUUAGUCUUUAUACAUUGCAGUGAAUGUGAACUAAAUUGCUGUUUUUUUUAUUUUCACCUGUGCAAAAUUUUGGCAUAGGGAUCUGAAAUAAUAGCACAUUUUGCAUACCUUGUCACCUAGUAAUUACAUUUAACAGUUUCCCUUUGUUUUACAGCCUCCAAAGAAGAAAAAGAAAGUCGAAUCAACACCUAAAAAGACCGAAUCUACACCUAAAAAAGCCAAAGAAACGAAACCGAAAGAAAAGGGAACAGAGAAAGAAAAGAAGAAGAGUAAAGACAAAGGCAAAGACAAGGCAAAGUCAAAGAAAAGUGUAGAAAAGACAAAAACAUCUAAAAAGAGAGACCCUGUUCCUGUGAAGAUAACAGCUCUACAGAAAAGUCCCUCAAAGAAGAAGACACCUAAAAAAGGUGAGUAAAAAAUCUUAUGCCCUCCUAUGUAGAAGUGGAUCACAACUUUGACACAACAUGGUCUUGUUGUAGCAGCAGAACGAGGUAGAAUAACUGCAAAAAUAUCAACUAUGUCUUCUUAAAAAUAGUUUUUGAAAGUCAUAGAGAUGUUUGCCUGAGAACUCUGUGUAAUACCUGGAGAAGUCAGCUAAGGGGCCUUUUCUCUACUUCUGGGAAGGAAGGGGAGGGUUGAACAGUACCUGACUUCUAGAGUGAGAUUACUCACCAGGAGUGUAUGCAGGGAGUGACAGAUACUUAGUUUAUACAUGUAUCCAUCUAGAAGGCUUGUCCGAAAAAGUGGCAUCUUUGAUUUUUUAAAUUAUCCAUUUGCGGUAAAGGAAUGUGCCAUAAAUGAUAGAGGUCCAUUUUCGUCAAUUUGAAUUAACUUUUAAUUUCUUCAUCCUUUUCAGAAAAACCAGUACCAGUAGAUGACUCAUCCUCUGAUGAAGAACCACUAGCAAAAAAAUCAAAGAAACAGCCUCCUACUGUAAGGAUUUGUUCAAUGGAUUGCAAAUUUGACUUUUCACCGGUCAUUGGCCUGCUCCUCUGUUUUGUUAUAAGUCAUAUGUUUACAGUAUUAUGCGGUUCUCUUUGUUUUCACUUUAGGAUAGUGAACUUGAAAAGAUUGUUAAAGAUCUUCUAGACGGUGCAGACCUUGAAAUGGUCACAAUGAAGAGUGUGUGUAAACAAGUAAGUUUAUCUCCUUCAGCAAAACUCAGUCUAAAACUUCCAUUCCAACCCUUUAACUCCCAUGAGUGACCAAGUCAGAAUUUCUCCUCACGAUAUCAAUACAAUAUCAACAACAUAAGUGAUGAGAAUAAAAAAAGAUCAAUUUGGGAAUAAUUAGUUGAUCCAAUACUAAAUUCUCUGAACCAGCAUUAUAAGAAUUGUAUGGUUGACAGUAAGGAGAAUUACAAAUUUGACCUGGAGUUAAAGGGUUAAGAGAGCAAACAGGAAAUUAACAUACCCAGAAAGGCAAGCUAUGUUCCAAAGGAAGUGAAUUUUUUUUUCAAGAACUGGCUGGGUUACACAGUUGCUGAUUUUCUUAACAACUUCUCUUGUAAAGGCACCUUAUCUGACUCUGAAAAAAUACAAAUAAUUUUUCUUAAUUGCUCUUCUGUUAACAAAGAAAUUGGUUGGUAAAUAACUGAAGUCUAACAAAUUUUAUAAAAAUCAUGGAAUCUUGCAAUUUCAUUAUCCAGCCAUGAAUCAGCUGUGGAAUUCAAGAGUGGUUCUUGGAAAAUUAUUGAAAACAAAUAUUUUCAAUAAUAUUGUAGAAGAAGAGAAAAGGGAGAGACUUGGAUUAUCUACUCGAAAUCACUUCAAGUUCAACUCUUUAAGAAAAUCAAAAAUUGCAAGAUUAUGCCAUGGAAAAUGGAGAAAUUUUUCGAAACACAACAACAGUAGCCAAAAUUCAUGUAUUGUCCUCUUCUUUAUUUAGGUGUAUGAUAAGUUUCCAGAGCAUGACCUCACAUCUAGGAAGGACUUUAUCAAGGAAACGGUUAGAAAGGUAUUA